AUGAAAAGAGUACCAAUAUUUAAAUUAUCAACAUCAACUUUAUUUCAACAAGAUCAUAAAUUAGAGGUAUUAACACAUGGUUUAACAUCAACACCAACUAUUGUUAGUAGUAAUAAUAAUUUAACCUCACCAAAUGGUAGUGAUAAUAUAACAACUACCACCACCACUACAACAACAGAUACAUUACAAUUACCACCAAUAUCAUCAUUAUCAAUAUCACCACCAACUACACCAAAUAAAGUUAAUAAUAAUAAUAAUAGUUUAACAGAAAUACCAUUAUCAUCAUCACCAGGUGGUAGUUUAACAUUUGAUCACUUUUGUAAUACAUGUUUAUUAAGAUUCACAGAUAAAGAAUUAAGAAAUGUUCAUUAUAGAUCAGGAUUACAUAGAUAUAAUUUAAAUUUACGUUUAUCACAUUUACAACCAGUGACAGAGGAAGAUUAUAAUGUAUUAAUUGAAAAUGUUAAAAGAUCAUCAGAAGAUAGUAGUAGUAGUGAUGAUAAUUCAAGUGGUAGUGAAAAAGAGAAUAAUAAUAAUAACGAUAGUGAUAGUGAUAGUAAUUAUGUAUCAACUGAUGAAUCAUCAUCAUCGUCAGAUGAAGAAUACUUAUUAAGAAAAAGUAAAUUAUCAGAGAACCAAGAUGUUUAUGAUGAAGAAUAUUAUUAUAAAACUCAAGGUUAUCAAUUUUUAGAUUCAUCAGUUGAAAUGAAUGAUCCAAAAUUAAAGAUAAUUCAAAAGGAUUUAAAAUUACAAUUAUCAGUUUGGAAAUGUUUAUUAGGACCAACUACAAUGUUUAAACAAUUGUCAUUACUUCCAGAGGGUUCAGAUCAACAAAAACAAUUAUUGUCCACUAUAAUUGGCAAUUUCAAACAGUAUGUCUUGUCAAAGGAUUUGAAAUGGGUUGUACUACUUUGCUCGGGUGGUAGAUUCGCAGGUGCCGUUUAUUCAGGUGGUAAAUGUAUUGAUCAUAAGACUUUUCAUCGUUACACUAUGAGAAAGAAGCAAGGUGGUUCUCAAUCUAAAAAAGACAGUGAAGGCGGUAAUAAGAAAUCCGCUGGUGCCGGUAUACGUAGAUACAAUGAAAAACGUUUAAAAGAAGAGGUUGCUCAACUUUUGUCAACUUGGAAAGACGAAAAUCACUUCAAACAAUGUUCACACAUUUUCGUAUUCGCACCAAAAGGAAACACUCGUGAUAUCCUCUUCCCACCUGGCAGUUUCCUCUCACCAGAUGAUGAAAGAAUAAGAGUUAUCCCAUUCCCAAUCAUUAGACCAACUUUCUCUGAAGCUCAAAGAGUUUCAACUUGGAUUAGUUCAGUUGAUAUAGAAUUAUUUGAUGAGGAGAAAUUGGAAUUGGAAAGAAAAGAACAAGAAAGAAAACUUAAAGAAAGACAAGAUAAAUUCGAUCAUGAACAACGUUUAAAAGAAAAAGAAAAAAGAAGAAAAGAAUUUGAAUUACAACAACAACAAUCUGUCGAAGAUGAUAAAGAAGAUGAAGAUGAUCAAGAUGAAAAACCAAAUCAAUUAUUUUUAGCAAUUAAAGAAAAAGAUUUUGAAAAAGUUAAAUAUUUAUUAGAAAAGGAUGAUAAUUUUGAAAUUCCAUUACCAUUUGAAGAGGAAUCCACCACCACCACCUCGAGUAAUAAGAGAAAACAAAAUUUAAAUUCACCAAUAUUUAUAGCGGUUGAAAAUGGUGAUGUUAAAAUGACAUCUUAUUUAUUGAAACAAUUAUCAAAUGAUGAUAUUAAUCAAUUGAAUCCACGUUGGGAUUUCAUUACACCAUUACACAAAGCUGCAAUCGAUGGUAAUUGUGAUAUGAUAGAAUUGUUAUUAAACAAUGGUGCCGAUCCAACAUUAUCAGGUGGUUUACGUUCUGAUGUACCUUAUGACUGUUCAUCAAAUCAAAAAACAAGAGACACAUUUAGGGAAUGGGCUGGUGACCAUUUGACAACUUCGAAAUGGGAUUUCUCAAAAGCUCAUAUCGUGCCUCUAACUAAACAAAUGAAACAAGAGAAAGAGGAAAAGAUAAAACAAAAAAGAAAACAACAAAGAGAGAAAGACAAAAUUAAAAAACAAAAUGAAAAGGAAUUACAACAACAACAGAAAUUAGAUGAAUCUCAAAAACAACAAAAAUUAGAUGACCUAAAUUUAGUCAAUCAAUUGGAACGUUCAAAACUUUCAAAAGAAUCACAAUUAUCUCAAAGAGAGAAGCAAGCUCUAGCUGCUGAACGAAGGUAUGGUGGAGUUACUUCCAUUAUUUGUGACAAUUGUAAAAAUUCUAUACCUGGUACACCUUUUGAAAGAUUGGUUUUUAAAUAUUGUUCAACUCAGUGUGUUUUAUUACAUAAAAAAACUUUAACAAAAUAA